CCAAAGUAAAAAAGCACAACAAAAACUACUUCUCCUUUGUCACAGUCCCCAAACACACACUCUCUCUCUUUCUCACACGCACAAAACCCAACUCAAUUCCAUCAAGAAAAAAAUGGUGGAAAAUGGAGAUGGAGAAGCAAUGGAAACAGAGAUGAGCAAUGGCAACACAGGAGGAAAGUGUUUAAACACAUUUGUUGACAAUGGAAGCAUUGAAAGUCACAGAUAUUAUCUUUCAAGAAGAACCCUUUUGGAGAUGUUUAGAGACAGAGGCUAUGAUAUAUCUACCUCUGAUAUUGACUUUUCUCUUACACAGUUUCGUGAACUCCAUGGUCAAAAUGUUGACGUUGACCGUCUUCGGAUUAGUGCUUCUCAUCUUUCUGAUCCUCAAAAUAAGAUUCUAGCUGUUUUCUGCGGGACGGGCGCAGUUAAAUUAAAUACCAUCCGCUGGAUUGGAACACAGAUAAUGAAUAAAGAGAGUUUAAGCCGGCUGAUAAUAGUGGUACAAAGUAACAUCACAGGCCAGGCUCAGAAAGCUGUUGAUCUUUUCCCAUUCAAAGUCGAAAUAUUCCAAAUAACAGAUUUGCUUGUUAACAUUACUAAGCAUGUGUUGAAGCCCAAGCAUAGGGUCGUAACCGAUGAAGAGAAAGAAAAUCUCUUGAAGAAGUUUAAUUUGAAUGAGAACCAGCUUCCAAGAAUGUCACAGAAGGAUGCCAUUGCUCAGUAUUACGGGCUGGAGAAAGGUCAGGUGAUCGAAGUCACUUACAAUGGUGAAAUAACUGGCCUGCACAUAACCUACCGUUGCAUAUGGUGAAUUAGUUGCAUUCUGUAUCGUAUUAAGCUAUUGACUUUGUGUUUGUAUGCUAAUGUUCUACAGUCCUGCAGAAUAAUUAUUUUUGUAACAUUUCCUUAGGAGUAGUAUGUAUGUUGAAUAAUGUGUUUAUGUCGUGUUUGUUUGUUGAAUAAUGUAUGAGCUUAUGUCA